AUGUCGCAGAUCGUUCGACAGGAGAGUCCUUUGAACACGGAACCAUUCACAGAAGAGCUGGCCAGCUCGUUCAUCACGCCGAGCGAGCUUAUAUUCAAUCGAAAUCACGACUCAGUCAUCCAUGCCGACACCCCUAGCUCAAGCGGCCCAGCUUGGACCAUCGGCCUUUCUCUCGAUCCGGACGAGAGCUUCAAAUCGCUCAACGUAUCGCAGCAAUCGCUUUUGCUCGAAUCGUUGAAGAAGCAUCACGAGCUAGUCGAGGUCGUAGCAACACUCGAGUGCGCGGGCAACCGUAGAGCUGAGUUCGCAGCGUCCCAUCAGCCGGCAGAGGGAAUCCAGUGGGGCAAUGCAGUCAUCGCCAACGUGAUUUGGGGUGGAGCCUCCCUUCGUUCCGUCCUGCUCGCUGCGGGAGUACCCGACCCCUUUCAGCACCAGCCAGACCAGAAAUCGCUUGAACCGUCCGCGAAAGCAUCACUCUUAGACUCUGCUGAAUGGGCCCGUCCGCUUCACCUCCAUCUCUACAGCGCGCAGGAGAGCACUGAGUCCGACGAUCCCACUCGCAAAGAGUUCUUUGCCGCUUCCAUCCCACUCACCACCGCCAUGCAUCCCAACCAGCACUGCCUCCUCGCCUACCAGUACAAUCGCGCCCCACUCACACAGCGCCAUGGUUCCCCUCUACGAGCUGUCAUCCCUGGACACGUCGGCGCUAGGUGGGUCAAGUGGCUAAACGGACUGAAGAUCAGCACGCACGAGAACGACUCGCCUCCCAUGCGUCAAGAUUACAAGUUGCUCGUCCCGUCUCAUGCGCAAGGAAAAGAUGCACAGGCAGAGGAGAGGGCGUAUUCCAAAAAGGCAUCCAAUGAUUCAGAGUUCCGCAAACAGCAGUUGGGUAAAGAAAGGCCACUACAGCGCUUAGAGGCGAGCUGCUCUAUCACUCAGCCGUGGAAAGAAGGUCAGACGCUCCAAGUGAAUGCGGAGGGCAAGAUCGAAGUCAAAGGGUACGCUGUGGGUCAGGACGGAUCUCCGGCUACACACGUUUACGUUGUCGUUCUUCCGGAGCACGACGGAGAGGAUAUUUCGACCGAAGAUCUGCUCACUUCACUUCCAGCUGACCUCGACUGGAAAGAAGCCAAGAUUCAAACUCAAGGAUCCAUACAAGGUCGGCUUGUGGAAGCGGAAAGCAGAUGGAGUUGGGCUUGGACACUUUGGCAGCUGGAUCUUCCCGCUCCACCCUCCGGCAAGAAAUGGGCUCUCAUUGCUCGGUGCGUGACUGCCUCUGGUGUCCAGCAGCAAAGAGUCUCGGAUUGGAAUCUUCGUGGAUUCCACAACCGCUCUUGGUCUGUCAUGCGCAACCUCUCUGUCCAGACUUGA